UUUAUCUGAAGUCACAACAUGGCGUAACGGCCCUUGAUGAAAUCUCUGACCCUCUAGUGAAGCUAAAAUCGGCGUAUUUGUGUGUAUUCUUGGCGUCGCGUGCUGCGCUCGAGCUGCUUGUCCCACAUCCGGCGGCAGCGGCGACUCUUUCUCCGGCGCACGUCCGUCGCUGCGCGGAACGACGGAUCCAUCGCCGAGAAAAGGACAAUGCGACCAACUGGUUGUGCUGUAAACGCGUUAAAAAAAAAUGAAAACAUACACGUCAGGAAGCGUCAUGUAUGUCACUGUUCAAUUCAUCGCUUUCGGGUGAUCUGUCGUUGAAAUACGUUUUUUUUUUCCCCGUCAUAGCCGAUCGUUCACUUUCUAUCGGAUCACUUUAAAAUCAAGAUGUGCUGUAUCCAAUGGACCCACGAUCGAUGACUGAUGCUCCCCCCAAAGAGGCAGCAAUGGUUCAAGCAGCAGCCCCUGUGAUCAUACUGUCCUCCUUCCACAAAGAGGAAUAAUGCCGACACUGGUGACUGGGAUCCUUCGAAAUUCCUAAUAAUACAAUGAACACCUCGGUUACACCAUCAGACCUGGUGGAUGUGCCAAGACCGCAGAACUUCAAUGGCACACAGACCCCAUCGAGUUGGGCUGUGAUCCACACUGGCACCUUGGCCUUCUGCUCUCUCCUCCUCGUCUUCAUUUUCUGCCUGGGCUCCUAUGGCAACCUUGUGGUGUUCCUGUCCUUCUUCGACCCGGUGUUCCGCAAGUUCCGCACCAACUUUGACUUCAUGAUCCUCAACUUGUCCUUCUGCGACUUGUUCAUUUGCUGCGUGACGGCGCCGAUGUUUGCGCUGGUGCUCUUCCUGGAUGCCGGCGGAGGGGACGGCGUGUCCAAGAGUUUCUGCUUCGCCUUCCACUUGACCAGCUCGGGCUUCAUCAUCAUGUCCCUGGAGACAGUCGCCGUCAUUGCGCUGCACAGGCUCCGCAUGGUUUUGGGGCAGCAGCCCAACCGCACCGCCUCCUUCGCCUGCACGCUGGCCCUCACCGCCCUGCUGUGGACGUCCAGCUUCACCAUGGCUGCCCUGCUCACCAUGCGAGCGUACCCGCGCAGGGAUGGGCCCUGCUUGCCUCACUUUGGCCUUGGAGGCGGACAGGCCAGGGUGGUGUUGUAUGUGUACCUGGCGGACUUUGCCUUUUGCGUGUCCGUGGUGUCCGUGUCCUAUCUGAUGAUCGCGCGGACACUGAGGAAGAACGCGCAAGUCCGAAAGUGUCCCGUCGUCACCGUGGACGCCACGUGCCCUCCGCCCCCGCCGCCUCUCGUCGCGGCGGGCUUCGAGAGCAUGCAGUGCGCAGUUCAGGACCCGUCUCUGUGCCACAGCCAGACUUACAACAAGCUGCAGAAAGCCCCCGCGCACUCGUGCGUCAACAAGACCAGCCAGCCGCCGGCCCCAGGGGCGGCCCAGGGGGCCACCUGCUGCCAGCUGGCGGCUACGGUCAACUUGGCCACGGCCAAAGACUCGAAGGCGGUGGUCACGUGCAUAGUCAUAGUGUUCUCGGUGCUGCUCUGCUGCUUGCCAAUGGGGGUUUCGCUGGCGCAGGAUGUCUUGUCGCCAGAGAGCAGCUUCGCACAUUACCAGUUUGAACUGUGCGGCUUUGUGCUCAUUUUUCUCAAGUCGGGCAUCAAUCCCUUUGUGUACUCGCGCAACAGUGCGGGCCUCCGCCGCCGCGUGCUAUGGUGCAUUCAGUGGGCGGCACUGGGCUUUCUCUGUUGCAAGCAAAAGACUCGGCUGCACGCGAUGGGAAAGGGCAGCCUGGAAGUCAAUCGCAAUAAAUCCUCCCACCACGAGACCAACUCGGCCUACGUACUGUCCCCCAAGCCGCCGAGGAGGCUGGUCGACCAGGCCUGCGGGCCCAGCCACUCCAGGGAUUGCGCCGGUAGUCCGAGGGCCACGGGCGCGCGGAAACCCCGCCCCCCGAGUACCUCCACGCCUAUCAACACCCGCAUCGAGCCCUACUAUAGCAUAUACAACAGCAGUCCCUCCGCGGGACCCAGCUCCCCCACCAGCCUGCAACCCGUCAGCUCGCAGACGUUCGCCUUCGCCAAGUCGUAUGUAGCCAUGCACUACCACACUCACCAAGACGCACUGCAAGACUUUGAAAGCACCUCAGUGCAACAGAUACCCAUCCCCUCAGUCUGAGAGAAGAAGAUCCGAAAAGCUGCUGCUAAACAGUAAAAGUGUGGAUAAACCUCUCCAUGGCUUUGAAUCAAUUGUGAAUCAGAAGAGGAACCCGCAAACAGCCCAUUUUGUGUAUUUGGAAUCUGUAUUAACCGUUUGUUCUCUUCUACUUUUUUGAAUGAAAAAACAAAAGCACCAGUAUUAUAAGCCUUGCCAUGAAAGUAAAAAAACACAAAAACAAGCAAUAGAUUUGUUAUAAAAGUGUCUUCGGUUAUUGAAUUGUCUUAUUUUUCCAUUACUGAUACUGCAUUUUCACAUUAGUCUGUGUUGAGCACGCAUGUGCCAUUAUAGCCCCAUUUUUUGUAGGUUUUCAUUGCAGCCAAAGAUUCCAGUUGCUGGAUCACUGCUGUGUCCUCUGAAGUCGCUGAGCACUGAUAUGAGCUGCUGUGAAUCCCUGCACAGGCCCAUCGAUGGCAUGCCGUUGCAACCUUGAACUUUUGCUUCUAAAAAGAAAUGUAUUUGUGAACCUCAUCCACUUUUCAACACAAUAAACAAUUGGCAAGAA